AUGCGGAAAGUGGUGACGACAGAUGCAUCCUUAACAGGCUGGGGUGCCACCCAGGAGGGCAAAACGGUGAACGGGACAUCAUGUGCUGGUACGGUGCGACAAUACCACGGCUGUGGCAUAUAUCAACCGUCAGGACAGCUUGCGCUCGUCAAAACUUCACCUCCUAGCUCACAAGCUCUUGGUGUGGAGCAGACGGGUUUUCUUGUCGCUACGCGCGACUCACGUCCCAGGCAUUCUGAACGUCGGCGCAUAUCUGCUGUCAAGGGGAAACCCAAUCUACGGGAUUGGCGUCUUCAUCCGCAGAUAGGACAUGGACACGCCCCUCGGGGUAGACGCACUGGCCCACCCAUGGCCGAGAGUGCUCCUGUAUGCUUUUCCUCCCCUGUGCCUGAUAUUCCCACAUUGGCCAGGGUUGGCUCUCUGGGCCUGGCCCGUGAGAGGACGAACCUGAACGCACUUGGGCUUUCGCCACGUGUGGUUAUCACUAUUCAGAAUGCCAGGGCCGUCUCUACACGGCCCUUAUAUGGCUGUAAGUGGCAAGUGUUCAAGGGGUGGUGUGAUGGGCGCGGUAUCACAUCUUAUCAGUGUUCAGUUCCUGAUAUUUUGUGUUUCCUUCAAGACCUCAUGGAUAAAGGCAGGUCCUUUUCCACCAUUAAGGUCCACUUGGCUGCUAUUUCAGCCUGUCAUGUGGGUUUUGAGGGCUCGACCGUCGGUCAGCACCCUCUAAUCCGCAGAUUUAUGAAGGGUGCACGCCGCUCUUUGCCAGUCGUCAGGAGAACUGUCCCGGAGUGGGACCUCUCCAUGGUGCUGGAAGCUCUGUCUCAACACCCUUUUGAGCCUUUGGAUAGUAUAUCCCUUAAGCUGCUGUCUCUCAAGACAGCUUUGCUUUUGGCCUUGGCAUCUGCUAAACGUGUCAGUGAACUACAUGCACUCUCGGUUCAUCCCUCGUGCUCUAAGUUCUCUCUUAGUGGAGAUAAGGUCUUCCUUAAGCCUAACCCGGCCUUCAUGCCGAAGUGCUUCCCUGCGUUCACUUCGGAGGUGUUGGAGCUGUCCGCUUUUCACCCUCCACCUUUUACCUUUCUAGAGGAUCAGAGGCUGAACGCUCUGUGUCCAGUCCGUGCCUUACAGGCAUAUAUGACCAGGACGAAUGCUUUCCGGAAGAGCGACCAGCUCUUUGUUUCAUGGGCUCCCCCUCACUUAGGGAGUCCAAUUUUGAAGCAACGCCUCUCACAUUGGGUUGUGGAUGCUAUUACCAUGGCUUACAAAGCAAAGGGAGUGCAGCCCCCUAGGGGCAUCAGAGCUCAUUCCACAAGAGGUUUAGCCACCUCUUGGGCUCUGUUUAGGGGAGUGUCACUGCAGGACAUCUGCUCCGCUGCCAGUUGGGCUUCUCCUCAUACCUUCGUGCGCUACUACCGGCUGGAUGUCACCAGUACCUCGGUAGCACAUUCGGUUCUAGGGGUCGGGUCGUCUUAGCCCCUCCCUGCUGUAACCCUGUUGGGAUAUAUAUACCAUUAAGAGUGAAUGGGCUGACUG